AAAGGGAAUUCUGGCCCAGAUUGUCAUGUCCGCAAAGACAUGACAACAGCCCACCAUGAUGGAGUGAACUACUUGGGGUGACUGGGUACAGACAAUAAGUUCAUGAAGCCAAGAGCCCCGUGUUUACAUGUGACAUCACCUAUGCUGUGUGUCUUCCAUAGGACCCAUCUGCACCACAGUGAAGGAUCACCCGGUCUUCCCCAAUUUCUGUUCUUUUGCAACUUACCGGUGUGUGAGCGGAGCUUACUUUGAAAUGCGGGUUCCUUGUCCAGAUGACCUCCUUCUGCUGAAAUCCCCUCCUAUACUUUCAGGGAUAUUGAAUGCUGUCCACAGUAAACACCUGAUAUCCUCUGAAAACAUGGCUCCUUCAGAAGGUCAAGUAAAUGAGCACGACAUAUCCAAUGGCCUGCACCCUCAUGUAGCUGGGCUAAACUGGCAGGGCAUUAAGACCUCUUCACCUCCCAUGGUAAACACAAAUGGGACAGCAAGUCAACUCCUGGAUUUUGAGAACAGCACUUUAGAAAAUCUGCAUCCGUAUUCCACGACGUUGGCUAAUCCAGAUGUUGUAAAUGAGUCGAGGAAGCAUUUCAUAGCAGGUCCUGAUGACUGGUCAGCCCAGCUCAAGAUGCAACCUGGUGUCCAGCAAACAAAUCUCGAUGACAUUCUCUUCCCUAGUGAACAUCCACCACCAAAUUUACAAGGGACACUCCCACUGAAUUACUUAAAUGAAGAAGCUGCUGAAGCAGAGGCAGCAGCUGUUGGAGAUACUCCUCCCAUAACAGAAGAGGAAGAAGAACCCUUGGACCUGACCUCAAACCCCAACAACACUCCAUUCUUGACCACACUUGCUGCAGUCAUCCCUGAUCCCAUGAAGGGAGAUUUGGUGGAUCUGAUUCACAGAAUGAAUCAAUCUGAUAUCAGCACACUACAAGAUGAGAUAACAAAGGCAGCCAAUGAGGGACGGACAGAUGAUGUGACAAAGCUCUCCAAGCAGCUCUACCAGGUGCUCUCUCAAACAAAUGGAACUGGGAAAUCUGGGAACGAGAAGCAGGAAAAAUAAAAAAAAGCCAAAAACACCAAAGACUAUAUGGUGAAAAAGAUCUUGUGGUUUGGUUGCUCUUCAUUUUGAGCCUCCAGAAGAUUAUGAAGCUCAUGUGUCACUAGAACGUUCAAAGAAUGGAAAGAAAUAUGAGCAGAAACUGAAAGGUGAGUAGUGGUUUGCCGGGAGACUGACAUGACAGGUACAAAUGGAACAAGAUAGGCCACAUUGAUAAGCACAGAGAAAUCAGGCAUGAGCGGUGUACCUCCAAUGGACUCCAAUCUCAUUGUACAUCUCAUACCACACUGCCUCAUCCCCAUUCCGUGAUUCCAAUUGUAAUGUCUGUUUGCUCUUCUAUUACCCAUACAUAGAUUGGUGACCACGUGGUUAACAGGUGCGUGAAUCAGCAAUCACAUGAUGGUCAAAAUGUUGAUUUAUCAUGCUUCAGUACCUUAUAUGAUUUAAUGGACUCCUUCACGAGUUAACUCUUUUCUUGCCACAAUUUAUACAAGCUGCAGAACACUACAUGACAGAAGAGCACAUUGGGUACCAGGUAGGUAAUCCUAUUUAAUAACCCGUUGAGGGCAAGCAAUGCCUUGGUCUCCCUGUCAGAAAGGGAAGAGGCAGAGGACAUGGGGUCACCAUCAUACGUUCUUCUAAAGGCAUUAAAGGAAGAGAUAUCACACCCAAAUCCUUCCCCUGUGCACCCAACACUUAACACAUAUGGCUGACACUCCUUACAACUAAAAGACAAGCAGCUGAGAUUUUGAUGUUGGAGUGUUCGGGUUUUGGGAUUCAUUUAUGAAUGUUUGGACCACACAAGCAUAAG